UACUUGUGUGCAACCUCAAGAACUCCCAUAGCCCAUCCUGCAUGCAAAUGUGUCGCCCGUAUUUUUCUUCUUUUUCUUUUUUUAUUUACACUUAUCUCACGUACAGGAUAUUUUUACCUCCUACGGCUGCGUCGCGUCGUAUAUAAAGUCGCGGGAGGAUUCGCUUCGAACGCGCACAACUGCGUUGCAUCUUGGAACCGCGAGGUCGAUUUUAGUCGAAAAGAAAACCGGUGAACGAUCAGUUUCCGUUCAAAGCCGUCGAGUGAAAGCGGAACUUUCUCACUCGAAGAUCGAUCGUAUCGGAAAAUUGUAUCAGUAUCGCGAUAGUUAAUUUGGAAAUUAAAACAUUCUUCAAAUUACUUGGAACUUGUGUGCAUUCAAAAAAAGAAUUAUUACAGUGGUCACGGAUGGACAAAAGAUAGUGAGAGUUAUUGAAAAUUGGUAAUUGGAAAUUGUAGUUUAGGAAAGGAUAGAAUUUGAGAAGAAAUUAGAAAUUGUGAGAAACCGAGGGUAAAAAUUGAAUAUUUUUAAAAAGAGGGUAUGGAUAAUCCUUAGGGGUAGUCUUUAAGAUUGCACGAUUUUUCUACCACUUGUUGCAACGUUUGAUAAGUUCUGUCUUCAAUGGUUGCCAAAAUGAAAUCGAAUUCCAUGAUGAAUGCUGUUCUUCUGCAUCUUCUUCUUCUUCUUCUUCUUGAAAGCGUUUGUGCCACUGAGAAGAUGCGAUACGAUGGAUACCAGUUGUACAAAAUAUUCGUGCCGGAUAACAGUAAGUUUGAGCUGUUGACUAAUAUGCAGAACACCGAUGGUUAUCAUUUCUGGCUACCACCGAAGAUCAACGAUUCCGCGAACAUAAUGAUUUCACCUACGAAGAUCCAGGAAUUUAUGGAGACUGUUAAUGCGACGAAACUUGAACCAGAAUUGAUGAUGGACGAUGUGCAGAAGUAUAUCGACGAUGAGAAUCCCCGUCGUAACUUAAGGGGUGACUUCGAUUGGCUGGGUUAUCAUCGCCUGAGCUCUAUCUAUCGUUGGCUGGAUUCUCUCAUCUCUCAGCAUCCUAAACUCGUGUCGUCGAUAACUGGAGGACGCAGUUUCGAAGGAAGAAGUAUCAGAGGAGUGAAGCUCUCCUACAAACAAGGAAAUCCUGGUAUAUUUAUCGAAGGCGGAAUACAUGCCAGGGAAUGGAUAUCACCAGCUGUUGUCACGUACAUCCUGAACGAACUGAUACUCAGUGACGAUCCUCGUGUUAGAUACAUGGCGGAGUCAUACGACUGGUACUUUUUCCCUGUAUUCAAUCCGGAUGGUUACGAGUACACCCAUACUACGAAUCGUCUUUGGCGGAAAACUAGAAGACCUAGUGGAAGAGGCUGCUAUGGGUCUGAUCCGAACAGAAACUGGAAUUUCCACUGGGCAGAGGGUGGUACCAGUCGAAAUCCAUGUAGCGAGAUAUAUCCUGGUAACAAGCCUUUCUCUGAAACAGAAACCAGUACCAUGUCACAGUACAUCGACAGUAUCCACGACAAAAUAUUUUCCUAUGUAGCAUUUCACAGUUACAGUCAAUUGUUGCUCAUUCCUUAUGGCCAUUCGAACCAGAGGGUCGACAACUAUGACGACUUAUUCCAAAUAGGGAACCACUCUAUAAACGUUCUGUCGAAGAGAUACGGAACGCGAUACAAAGUUGGAAAUAUCGUAGACAUUAUAUAUGUUGCAUCUGGAGGAUCUAUGGACUGGGUACGAGGAACUUACAAUAUUCCAGUGACAUUUACCUACGAGCUUCGAGACAAGGGAAGAUACGGCUUCAUUCUGCCAGCAAGCCAGAUUAUACCAACUGCGGAAGAAACUUUGGAUUCCUUGGUUGCCAUGUUCACGGAAGCUGCAAAACUUGGCUAUGGUUCAUCAAAAACUAGCACUAUAUAGGAUUUAGUUCCCAAGUUUUCAUAUUAUUUAAUAA